GGUGAGGCGGCCGGGCGGCGCGGCCAUGGGCACCCUGGGCAAGGCGCGAGAGGCUCCGCGGAAACCUCUCCAUGGCGCCCGAGCUGCCCCCAAAGCGCGACUAGAGGCGAAGCCCGCCUCCCUGCCCGGCCACCCCGGCCUGGCCCAGGUCACGCAGCUGGGGAUGAUGGUGCCCCUGGGGCCCCCGGCCAGAGGGGCCAGCCUGGAGGACCUGCUGGACGGCUGCAUCCAGGCCUUCGACGCCGAGGGGAACCUGUGCCGCAGCCAGCAGCUGGUGCCCGUGGUGCUGGCCAUGCACCGCGUCCUCAUCUCCUCGGCCGAGCUGCUCCAGAAGGUCAUGGCCCGCUACAAAGAGGCCCUGGCGAAGGACUCCCGGGGGCUCUGCCUGAAGAUCUGCUACUUUGUGAGGUACUGGAUCACCGAAUUCUGGACCAUGUUUAAAAUGGACGGCCUGACAGACACCAUGGAGAAGUUCCAGGAGCUGGUGAAGGCUGCCGGCGAGGACGCGCACAGCCGCCUCCUGGACACCACUCAGAUCACCGCGCGGGACUGGUCCCGGAAGCUGACGCAGAGGAUCAAGUCCAACACCAGCAAGAAGCGCAAGGUCUCCCUGCUCUUCGACCACCUGGAGCCGGCAGAGCUGUCCGAGCACCUCACCUACCUGGAGUUCAAGUCCUUCCGGAGGAUCUCGUUCUCUGACUACCAGAGCUACCUGGCGAGCCGCUGCGUGAAGGAGAGCCCCACCAUGGAGCGCUCCGUGGCCCUGUGCAACGGCGUCUCCCAGUGGGUGCAGCUCAUGGUGCUCAGCCGCCCCACCCCGCAGCUGCGGGCCCAGGUCUUCGUCAAGUUCAUCCAGGUGGCUCAGAAGCUGCACCAGCUGCAGAACUUCAACACGCUCAUGGCGGUGAUCGGCGGGCUGUGCCACAGCGCCAUCUCCAGGCUCAAGGAGACCAGCGCGCACGUCCCCCACGAGAUCAACAAGGUUCUGGGGGAGAUGACGGAGCUGCUGUCCUCCUGCAGAAACUACGACAACUACCGGCGUGCCUACGGCGAGUGCUCCCGCUUCAAGAUCCCCAUCCUGGGGGUGCACCUGAAGGACCUCAUCUCCCUGCACGAGGCCAUGCCCGACUACCUGGAGGACGGCAAGGUGAACGUGCCCAAGCUGCUGGCGCUCUACCACCACAUCAGCGAGCUGGUGCAGCUGCAGGAGGCCGCCCCGCCGCUCGAGGCCAACAAGGACCUGGUGCACCUGCUCACGCUGUCCCUGGACCUCUACUACACGGAAGACGAGAUCUACGAGCUUUCCUACGCUCGCGAGCCCAGGAACCACAAGGCGCCGCCGCUGACGCCUUCCAAGCCGCCGGUGGUGGUGGACUGGGCCUCUGGCGUGGCCCCCAAGCCGGACCCGAAGACCAUCAGCAAGCACGUGCAGAGGAUGGUGGACUCUGUCUUCAAGAACUACGACCACGACCAGGACGGCUACAUCUCCCAGGAGGAGUUUGAGAAGAUCGCUGCGAGCUUCCCCUUCUCCUUCUGUGUGAUGGAUGGCGACCGGGAAGGCCUGGUCAGCAGGGCGGAGAUCACGGCCUACUUCAUGAGGGCCAGCUCCAUCUACUCCAAGCUGGGCCUGGGCUUCCCGCACAACUUCCAGGAGACCACCUACCUGAAGCCCACCUUCUGCGACAACUGCGCGGGAUUUCUCUGGGGUGUGAUCAAGCAGGGGUACCGAUGUAAAGACUGAAUGAACUGCCACAAGCAGUGCAAGGAUCUGGUGGUGUUCGAGUGCAAGAAACGAGCCAAGAACCCAGCAGCUCUCACAGAAAACAGCUCCUGGGCAGGGCCCCCGUCCAGCCUUUACCCGCUCGGAGCCAAGCACCCGCCGCACGCCCCCGAGGAAGGCGCGCUGGCAUUCCACGGCGAGCCGGGCGAGGACAGCAAGGACCGCACCAUCAUGCUCAUGGGCGUGUCCUCCCAGAAGAUCUCCGUGCGCCUCAAGAGGGCCGUGGCCCACAAGACCACCCAGACCGACGCCCUGCCCUGGCUGGGCAGCAAGGGCUCUCCGGGGCACUCGGUGCUCUCGUCCCCACGGAAGUCGGCCCAGGACGCCCUCUGUGUGCCCCCCAGCCCCCCAUCUCCAUGCCCCAGCCCGGUUCUGGUCCGAAAGCGGGCGUUUGUCAAGUGGGAGAACAAGGAGUCCUUCCUGAAGUCAAAAGAGGAGCUCCGGCACCUCCGACUCCCAACACACCAAGAGCUGCAACAGGAAAUAAAUACCCUGAAAGCAGAUAACGAGGCCCUCAAGGUUCAACUGAAAUUCGCACAGAAGAAAAUCGAAUCCCUCCGGCUGGAAAAGAGCAAUCACGUCUUGGCAGACAUGGAGCCGGGAGACUGCCCCCUAGCCCACAGAAAAGCAGGGAGGAGCACCCUGACAUCUUGGCUCCGGGACUCAUUCGCAGAUCCAAGGCAAUGACGUUUACCAAAGCAGCGGCCACUACUGUUUGCGUGUUAAUGUCAGGCUUCCUAGGUGCCCCACAGAGCGCAGGAAGGCUGCGGAAUGCAAAGCCUGUGGCAUUCACAAGGCAGCUCUUUUCUAGAAUGAACAGCCAGCGUGCUGACACAUGAUGGCAGUUCUCUGGGAAGGUAACAUCUCAGGUGGCCAUUCUCCCUUAGACCCGCAACCUUUGGAAAAUGAGUCUGCUUUCUCCUUGGGUCUUCUGAAAACUGAGGGGUUCCCUUUGUUCCACCCAAAGGCCUGCUUUCAAGAGAAAACCACCACCCAUAUUCCCCAGAGUGACUUCUACAGGCCAGCAUUCCUUGUGGAUCUGGUCCUGACCUCACUACCUCAGAUCUAACCAGUCAGCCUCUCCCCUCCCUCCCCCCUCCCCCUCCCCCUCCCAGGCUCUUAUGUCCCCCAUGAAGGGAGCUUCUAGAACUCAGCGGAGCGGCUGCAGCCUGCUCACCAUGACAUGACCCCCCCCGCAAACCCACUCACACUUCUGGCCUUAAAGUCCUCCCAGAAUGACACGCAGUGGCACUGCCAGGAACAGCAGCCCCGUGUCCUACACGAUGGCUAGCUGGCUAAACCAGCACAAACACGCUAGCCCAUGCAUUCCGCACUAAGAGUUAGGGCUGUACGGCCUUAUUCAAGAAACAGUCCGUGAAGAACAGUUAACGCUUCAUGGUCUACCUUUUUUUUUUAAGUAAGUUAAAGUUUCUUUGAACUGGAUUUGUGCAAAAACUGUCUUCACUGUUACUUAGAAAUAAGCUAAUAGGAUCAACAUCUUAAAUAGCUGACAGCAUGUACCUACGUGUAUCACGUGUAUAUACGCUAGCAGGCAUGCAUGUGGCUUGUGAACAACGUUUAGUCACUUGCACAAGUUAAGUCUAGACUGCCGUUUCUUGCAAGAUGGAGAAAGUGCUUACAACGCAGACGAUGCUGUUCUGUGAAGCCCCAAGUACCGUCCUAUGAAUCUUCCAUUAGGAAAGUGAAUGAUAAAUGGGUUCCUUUAGUUGCCCGGGCAACUAUUCACAACUGUUGUUGGCCUCUUUCGUUCUCUCCAGAACCGGUGUCUGAUUGUCUGGGGGAGGGGGGCUUCGCGUCCCCGAUCCUAAGCUCCGGUGACGCUGACUCACAAAGGCUGACGCCUGCUAAGAACAGCAUCUCAACCGAGUCCCGGACCGAGCGCCAGCAGCGCGGCGUGGCUGCCUGGAGGCUUCGGGCGCGGGCCGCUGAGGUCCCACCCCACCUCCCGCUCGCUCGCUCGCGCUGGGCACCGGGGACAGAGCUGGCUGCCGGCUGAGUUUUCAGAGUCACUGUCCACACAGACUCAGACUUUCCAAACCCAAAUGCAGAAGCCCCCGGUCCAGUCAGGGGGGCCGCUGGGGCUCCCUGUGCUCCGCGCGCUGGGUCCGAUGCUGCCGUGUCCGUGUGGAGGGGAAGGGCCCACGGCCUGGGGCGCGCAGGAGCUGGCCAGGUUCUAUGGCGCGGAGGCCAACAGUGCGCCCGGCCACGGGAAAGUGAGUGAGUGAACCUGUCAGCGGCAGCUUCCGGAGCCUGCCACCGCCCCCGCCACGGCUCCCUCCGCCUGUCAUCCCCGCUGCUCACGAGGCUGAGACCUGAGGACGGCGGUUCAAAGCCAGCCCA